GAUGACGCAGUGAAUAGUGACGAUUCUCUCUGACCAAUCAGCAGUCGGCAUUGUUUUUACGUCACAUUUUGGUAUCACCUCAGCUCGCCUCAGCCCGCUCAGAACCUCGCCGGAGGUGGUAAGAAAAAAAGUACCCGAAAGCAGGUACAGGUACAACUUUUACACAGUGGAAAACCAAACAAAGUCGAGUCGAGUCGAGCCGAGGCGAGCUGGUACUGUGUAGUGGAAAAGCGCCAUUAGACAAGCGUCCUCGACAGGGCCAGAGCUUCUUUGCCGCUCAAGUCGGCGGUGGUGUGAACGUGCAUAUUAUGGCAAGCCAAGAGGGUCAGGAAUACGGCAUAGAUUAAUCGCGUUUCAAGCCAAACUCCAUCAAAUACAGCGUUUUAAACCGUAUUGAACGCCGUAAAAUACGGUGUUGUAAUUACAAACGCCGUAAAAGACGCGCGAAAUACGUCAAUGACGCCGUAUUUGACAGCGUUUUAGUGUACAUGGAAAGCGCCGCUUUUUACGCCGCUCAUCUCGCCAUAUGACGCCGUAAAAAACGGCAUUUUGGUUGCACAGAGCGCGCGUUAUUUUAUGGCGUUUUGCUUGUAUUAUAAUGAGCCACGCCCACUGAUUUCCACAGCCACUAAGUUUGAACUGGUCUCUCCCAAUCAAUGAUGAACUGAGUCAGACCAGACCAAUUCAGCACGGAUCAUUUGUGGUAAUUUGAGUUAUCGACAUUAAAACAAGGAAAAUAAUCCAGUUCGCUAAAGAUGGACAGAAGAAGCUUCAUUUUGCGCUGCAAGCGAACAUUAAAUGACUGCUCUCGUCAGCUAACACAGGAUGCUGGACCCAAUGUUCAGUCAACUUUAGUGAGGCUGGAAACAAUGCAGAGAAGUUUUGAAUGGGCAAGAGGGAGGCUGAUCAUUGUGCCGGCAGCGGAUCGGUUACUCUGUGACAUAGCGGAAUAUAUUGCAGAAGUAAACGCACGUAGGCAACAUGAACAACAAGCCAGUUCCAGUUAUCAGGCUCCACUUACUUGUAGUGGAGGUAGAGGAGCACCCCAUUACAGCAUCACUAGAGAGCAACUUUCUUUUCUGACCUCAUGUGGUUUUUCUCUUCGUUCGAUAGCUGAAAUUCUGCAAGUGUCUUUGGCUACAGUCAAACAACGCAUAAAGAAGUUCAAUUUGAAUCAGUCUGUGACAUAUUCUGAUGUAACUGAUGAUGCCCUCGAUGACAUGAUCAAAGAUAUUGUGGCUGGGAAUGACCAGCUUGGGUCUGAGGCUGUCAGGGCACAGUUACGGGCAGGUGGAGUACGGGUGCAAAGAGACAGAGUGAGAAGGAGUUUAGUGCUGAAUCAACCCCAGUGCUGCAGCUCUAAGAGCAAUGUCACAAAGACCACAGAGGCGACUGUACAGUGUAGCUGGACCAAACUCCCUUUGGCACCUUGAUGGCAACCACUAAUUGAUAAGAUGGAGAAUUGUCAUUCAUGGAGGUAUAGAUGGCUACAGUCGCCUCAUAGACUUUCUCCGUGCCUCAAACAACAACCGCAGCAGCACUGUAAUGGAUUGCUUUUUGAAUGCUGUGGCCAGAUAUGGAGUACCUUCCAGGGUCAGAACAGAUCAUGGAGGUGAAAAUAAUGAUGUCUGUGUGAUGAUGAACAUUUUCAGGGGCUCAGACAGAGGCAGUGCUAUCAGAGGCAGGAGCACUCAUAACCAGCCUAUUGAGAGGCUCUGGGGUGACAUGUGGCGGGGAUUGACUAAUGUUUAUUAUAACCUCUUCCAGUUCCUUGAGAGUGAAGGUAUAGUGGACAUAGACAAUGAAAUGCAUCUCUGGGCCCUUCAUUAUCAUGGAGCGAUGCAAGAAAUCUUUGGCAGAACAGCUGGGCCAGCAGAUGAAAUUGUUGUUCAAGGACCAUCUGAACAAGAAGAAACGACAUCAAUACAGGGGGCACCAAAUGUUGACUGGCCAGACAGAGUAGCAGUACCACAGAAUCACUACUCUGUGAAUAACGCAACCUUGGAGGAACUUGCUGCACGAUUUAAUCCACUUGGUGGGGCACAAGCAGAACUUGGAUUAGACAUCAUUCGCAAUGUUUUGUCUUUUUUGACAUCUUUAAAUCAAGCGUAAGAAAAGGAUGAGUUCAUCCCAAUAUAGAAAUUAUGACUGCAUGUUAUGGUUGACUUUCAUUAAAUGGACAAAACAUAGAGCUAACCUUUUAAGUUUGAUCAGAGUAUGGUCCAUUAUACAUUAUUGCUUUCAUCUUCUCUUUUAUUUAAUGACACCAAAAACAUUGUGUCCAAAACAUCCACAACCUUUUUUUGUGUGUGAAAUUUGGUCACCGUUUUACAUUUCUAUGGACCCAAAUAAUUGCUGCUUGCAGCUAUGACUUUAAUAGUCAUUAUUUAAGGUCAUGUGCCUCAAUGUUAAAGUCUUCUGAAAUAAAAUUGUCCAU